ACACCUUAUACUUGUUGAAGAUGGGCUUAAUAGACUUAAACAAAAGCACUGGAACUUCCAACCCAUUCAAAAUUUGUGCCAACAUAUUCAUUGCCUUUGUUGGAGCAGGUGUGUUAGGUCUUCCCUAUGCAUUCAAAGAGGCUGGAAUCUUGGAAGGUGUUUUCAUCAUAAUUAUUGUUGCAGUACUAAGUGUGAAAGCAAUGCUGCUUAUAGUGGAGUGCAAGUAUCGAAUAGUGGAUAGAUCAAAGUCAGGGGAGGAAAACAUGGGCAGGAAAGAAGACAGCCUGUAUGCACAUUUUGCUGGAACAAAAGAAGAAAAGGCUGAUUUGUUGAAAACAGAAGGGGAUAUGAUGACAAGAAUUAAAGAUCUAAAGCCUUUUUUGGUUCAUGACUUAACAUAUGGAGAUAUAGGUUAUGAAGCCAUUGGUCCUACUGGUAGAAUACUGGUUGAUUUUGCCUUGGUUUUAUCUCAAAUAGGUUUCUCCUGUGCUUAUUUGAUUUUUAUUUGUGAAAAUCUAUCAAGCCUUAUACCAAAAAUUGAAAGGACAUACUGGCUAUUGAUUGUUUUGCCUCCUUUAAGUUUUUUGACAAUGUUUAGAAAUCUUAGCAGUCUAGCCAUCACAAGCUUGAUAGCUCAGUGUUCAAAUCUCUUUGCGUUUGGCAUAGUUUUCUGGUUUGAUUUCAAGCAUGCUAGCAAAGUGAGAAUCCACCCCAAAGAGAUAUCUCUCGCAAAUCUUCCCUUUUUUGCUGUUAUAGCUAUCUACUGCUAUGAAGGGGCUGGCUUGAUUCUCUCCCUUGAAAAUUCUCUUGCUAAAGAAGUAAAGUCAAAAUUUAAUAGGUACUUUUUAUCUACCAUAGGACUAUUGACAGUGCUGUACAUAUCAUUUGGAGUUUUUGGUUAUAUGUCUUUUGGUGCUGAAACAAAACAAAUCAUUACAUUGAAUCUUCCAAAUGGUGAGGGUUUUAAUUUCAGUGUUAUUGUGAAAUGCUGCCUCUGUCUGGCAUUAUUUUGUACAUAUCCUGUUAUGAUGUUCCCUGUGAUGAAAGUUCUGGAACAUUAUUUUAUCCUUGACCCAGAUAGAUCUGUUUGGAAAGGGAAUGUGAUGCGUGGUCUGGUGGUGCUGUUGACAGGGGUCAUUGUUGUGAUGAUCCCCAACUUUGUUGAUCUCAUGGCCCUGGUGGGGGCCAGCUGCUGUACGCUCUUAGCUUUCAUCCUGCCUGGCUUGUUCCAUUUGAAGUUGUUUAAAGGAAAACUGAACAAGAAGCAAAUUUUGCUCAAUUGGUUGCUGGUGUUGUUUGGCAUUAUAGGGGCCACGUUUGGAAUGUGGGAUGCCUUUAUAAGACUGAGUGGAUCCCAGAACAAUCUUCCUAUCCCUAUCCCAGAGACUACGACUCUCCCAACUAAGCCAGUCAAUGUCUCAGCUACAAGCUCACCUGUAUUGCCAGCCCUCACAAACUUAACCACAACAACAGUCAAAAAUCUAGACAUGAGCACAUUGAAAAAUCUGGACAUGAGCACAUUGAAAAAUCUGGACAUGACCACUGUACAAAAUCAGGCUACCUCUGCCAAAAGUGUCUUGACGUUGAUCCCUACAACAAAGUCUUCAGUAAACCAGACCGCUCUCAGUGCAACCUCUAGUGUGUUGAACUCUACACUCAUAGCUAACCCAUUUACAGAAAAAUUUAAUAACUCAAAUACAUAGAAGAAAUAUAUUACCUUUCUCUCUAUUAGUUCUUCAUUGAAAACAAGUAGGCCUAUUUGUUUAAAAACUAAAUUAAAUAGCUUAUUUAUUAAUUUUUUUUAAUUCCUUUUUAAUCAAGUUUUAAAAUUUAUUUUUGGCUAAUAUUUAAAGGUAAAAAGAUUUAAUUUUACUUCUUUUUUCAUCAACUUGACUUAAGCUAUGCUUCCUACUUAAGUGUUUACCUUUACUGAGGAUAUUGUGUUAAUUAUGUAUGUAUAGAAAAGUAUUUGCCUUUAAAUCUCAAUAUGUGUUCAUGUACUUGUAGGUUUCUGUAGUUUGAUUGGCAGUUUGUCACAUGUAUAUUUACCAGUGUGAGCUCAGAUCUCUGUUUUUUCAUGUUCCCAUGAAGAAAUAACUCAAUUUUUAAAAAUGUCUUGAAACUUCUUGCAUUUAAUAUGUAGAUAACUAGAACAAAAUAUGAUAAGUUGGUGGUGGAAGAUAUUGUUCUACCAUUGUUCAUAAUCUGACACAGAGUAAAUAGAAUUCUUUGUUCCCCACAUAGUGGCUGAUCCAUGAAGUCUGUGGGCAGUGGCUACUGGAUUUUUGUAUUUCUGAAGUCUACAGUCAGUGGCCACACAAUUUUUG